AUUCUCCCAAUCUAUAUUGGCCUUUGGUAAUCCAUUUUUCUCAAGGUUAUUGGAGAUCAAAAAUGCUGAGGUUCCAAAGAGCGCAUGCGCUGCAAACUCGUUGUUGUCUGCCGCUAGCUACGACAAUUACUUUAUGUACAUUUACAUUAACAUUUGUUAUCCAUGUGUUUGAAAACAGACUUUAUCUCAUUUGUUUUUGGCGCAAACCUAUUUAAAUGGUCAGGUAAUGGGUUUAAUAAUUUAUAUGGAAAAUAAAUAAUUAUAAACCGUUUUUGUUGAGUUUCAAAUUAAUUUUGUACUAGUGUUUAUUUUUUUUCUUCGGAAAUUGUAAAAAAAUAAACUUUUUACUAAGAUGGAAAAUCUUGAUGAUGAUCAGUCUGUUAAUAAGAUGAAAGACUUUUUGUACAUUUAUAAUAAAAUGGCUGAGACAUGUUUUAACCAUUGUAUUGAAAAUUUCAACUGUAGACAACUUACACCUUCUGAAGAAUCUUGCAUUGAAAAGUGUUCUUCGAAAGGUAUAGCUGUAAAUCAUAAACUUAUGAUGUGUUAUAUAGAUAUUCAGCCAGAAGUAAUCAAUAAAAGGACUGAAGAAUUACAAAAACAACAGGAUAAUGUAAAUAUGAUAAAUAAUAAUAACUCAUAGAUAUGUCUUCUAUGUAUGAAGAUAACAUUUAUAAUCAAAAGCAAUAAAAUAUAAA